AUGAAGGCCGCUAUCGCCAUUCCUGUCACCCUGGCUAUGGUGUAUCGAGCUGGAUCGCACAAGAGCUUAACUCCUGGAGGUAUCGUUGCAGCCGUAAUUACAGCAGCCGCACAUGCUUUGCAUCCAUGGAAUCUACCUUUUGCUCUUUUGAUAAUCUUCUAUCUCAUUGGUACAAGAGUUACCAAGGUUAAACACGAUGCUAAGGCCAAGCUGACGAUGCAAUCUACCGGUAGUGCUGGGGGAGAAGGUGCUCGUACCCAUAUGCAAGUCCUCGCGAACUCUGUCGUCGCCUCCGUUCUUACACUCAUGCAUGCCUAUCAACUACACAAACGAGAAAAGGAGCCAGAUUCGUCUAAGGGGGCAUGUUACACCUGGGCUGGUGAUCUUCUUGUGGUGGGGAUAAUAGCAAACUAUGCAGCUGUGGCGGCGGAUACCUUCAGUUCAGAGCUUGGGAUUCUAUCCUCAACCCAACCACGGCUCAUUACAUCCCCAAAUCUGCGAAAGGUCCCACCAGGCACAAAUGGAGGUGUUACGGUUUGGGGUCUCGUGGCAGGCCUGCUAGGUUCUCUCAUAAUUGUUACCGUUUCAAUGGUCCUGGUGCCAUUUUGUAAUCCUAAAGAAUCUGCGGAGAGUGGAUGGUCCUUUCUACAGCGACAACGUUUUACGUAUGCUUUAACUAUAUGGGGAGCUCUAGGCAGUGUGCUAGAUAGCUUUUUAGGUGGAUGGUUCCAGAUGAGCGUUGUGGACACAAGAACUGGACGUAUUGUGGAAGGACAAGGUGGAAAGAGGGUAUUGAUUGAUGCGGGUGAUCCAACCGGUAUGCAUCACGAGAAGAGCGCUUCCUCGGAUGCCUCCAAAAAGUCACUCAAAUCAAGUCUUAAGCAUGAUCACCCUAGCCGAAUUAUUGAGAACGGAUAUCUAAACAUCCUUGAUAAUAACGAGGUCAAUCUUCUCAUGGCGUUAACUAUGAGCUUAGGAGCUAUGGGUAUUGCAAGUUGGGUAUGGAAUAUUCCAUUUUCAAGCAUAUAUACCUUUUAA